AUGCCGCGAGUGGCCCAGCUCACAGCCCAGGGCGCCUUCCGCCCCCAGAAUGGCUACGCCGACCCUGCUCAUGACAGGCCCUACCUCGUCCCGGGCAAGGCGGAAGAGGCCGAGGACUGCGCGCUGGCGCAGCCCGAGUGCCAGGACCGCGCUCGCGAGGUGAAGCCCGAGAAGCCCGAGAAGCCGGAGAAGCCGCCGGAGCGGGCCGAGAUCUCCGGGAAGGCCCUGCAGGGGCUCUUCCGAUUGCACUCGAGCGAUAUGGUCUUGGAAGAGCUCAACGACUUCCAGCUCUUCCGUGCUUGCGGUCCGCUCUACCCGGCGUUCGCGAUCGAAAGCCUCACAAGCAUCAUUCUGGGCUUCUUCUUCACCUACCUCGCCCUCCGCAUCGUGGUGAGGACCGAUGUCAAGAAGCCGAUCAAUGCUUCGUGGCGCAUGUUUCGGGACUACAUCUCUCCAGCUGUUGACGAGUGGUGGACGUUGAUGAAGACCUGGCCGGAUAUGCCCAGGAAGAAGUGUGCGGACAGAAUCACCUACUGUCGGAACCUCAACAUUGCCAUGUGCGUUGCGCAGGCGGCCGCGGCCUUCUUCUCGGUGUUCCGCUGGCUGCACAUCGAGAAUGUCAAUGGUCUCCGGUACCUGGGCUACGCCUUCACCUGCUCCCUGAUGCAGGCAGAGCUCGUGGUUCUCAUUGCUCCCUACGUUCCGUGCUACAAGCUCAACGUUGUCUUCGUGGUCCUCUUCACCCACGCCUUCCUCAUCUGUGGCUGGAUCGGCUCCUUGCACGAAGGCUUUCUCUUUGAGGAUGCCUCAUGGGAGCUCUUCAAAUCGUCCUGGGACGUCUCAAUCUUGGUGAUCACGAACAAGGGCAUUGCCAUUGGAAUCACGACCUUCUGCCUACUCUUUCUCUGCCUUGUGCAGAUGCCCUUCCUCGCCUUGUGCUACUUCUGGGCAGGAGGGUGCCGUGCCCACUGUGACCUCCCUUACUACUACCUCCGCGUGAUGUGCGCGGUGUGGUUCACGUGGCCGGCCUUUCCAUGCUGGUGGCUGAUCUCGGCAGAAGGCCUCGGCCUCCUAGGGGACGCGAAGAGCAACGCCGUGGGCUUCGCCGUCCUCAACAUGAUCUCCAAGGGCGGCUUCACCGUAAACAUGCUCAAGAUUGGUGCAGACCACCGCAAGAGGUGGCCCGACGCGCCAGCGCCCAGAAGGAGUCAAAGCUGGCUGGUUGGAAAGCUCCAAGAGUAUGAAUCCGAGCUCACGGAGAGUCAGACCAUCCGGCGCUUGCAGGCUGAGAAUGCUGAGCUCAAGGCGAAGAUGGGCGCGAGCACGGAGGAGAAGCUUCAGGAUGCACAGGGGGAGGCGGAGAACGUGGAGAAAACGGAGAACACCGAGAAAGCCGCUGAGUUGAAGGCUCCGCCGACCACGCUUUGGGUGUGUCUUGAAAUCUCGGGGGAGAAAGCCCCGCCUUUCCAGCGCAGCUUCACCAACGCAGCUCGGGUGUCUUUGGAGACGCCGUUUGUUUGGCCUCACCCGGAGGAGGCCGCUGAGGCAGUGCAGCGGCUGGUUGCUGGUAGGGAGAGAAAGGAUCCACGUGCUGCCCCGCUGGGUGACUGCCAUCUCCUCGGCUUCUGGGGCUUGUCCGGAGAGGAGUUCCGCAAGCCGAUGCGCUGGGAUGGCCUGCAGUACUCCUGCAUGCUGGAGAUUCCUGCCGGCGAGGAUGCCAUGCUUCAAGUCAGCGCGCCCUUGGGCAGGAUCUACCCAAGUGUGGAGGGCGCCAACCCCUCCAUUCGCCAUGAGCUUCUGGGCCCCCAUGCCAUGCAUCAGGAUCAGUCCUGGUUCCUGGACAGCGUUCGCACCUCGCGCCGAGUCGAGGUUUUCAUGGCCUGCCCCCGCAACUGUGCGGUCGCCCUGGGCUGGAAGAUCGAGGGCGAGGAGAUUCCCAAGGAAUCAGAGGAGUGGGACGACAUGGGCCCCUGGCAGAUCUCUGGGCGCAUCGGGCAAGGGAAGCAAGGCGCCGUCGUGUACACGGGCCGUUGGCCGGCCGCUGGUAGCGGGGGCAUUGCUGCGGUGAAGUUCCCCGUCGAGGCCGAGGAGCUUCAGUACUACGCCCGUGUCCACGACAUUCCUGGCUUGCCUGACUUGCUGGACUUCGGCAUCGCCCAAAGCUACGCGGGCGGCCGUCUCUCCAACAAGGGCUUCUACAUGGCCAUGUCUCGCACGGAGCCGUGCCUGGACACCCUCCUCCGAGGCCACCUGCACAUUCAUGAUCCCAGCCCCAAGAUCCUGGGCCGGCUCUCCUGGCCGGUUGCUGCUGACUUGGGCGCGCGCCUGCUCCGGACGCUGCAGGCCAUCCACCGCAAAGGCAUCCUCCACUGCGACAUGAAGCCGGGGAACAUCCUAUUGCGGCGUGGCGAGCCCUGGGUUCAGCUCAUCGACUUUGGCCGGGCUGGGAAUGUGGGCCAAACCCGUUUCGAUGCCGGCCAUGGUGGAAUGCGCGACUACAUGUCGGUCAAGUCCGGAAUGCAUGGUGGGCAGCGCACCACGGCGGAUGACGUGGAGUCGCUCGGCUGGCUGCUGUUCCGCUGCUUGCACGGCGGCUUCCCCUGGAGCGCAAAGAGCCCGGAUUGGAACCGGGUUUGGGGGUUUUGGGGGGUAGGGUUAGGAGUAAGGUCGUGCAUGCUGCUUUUCUGGCAUCCGCUCCCAGCCCAGCUGGGCAAAGGGUUAGGAGUACUAUGCUUUGAGGCCAUGCAACUUGCUGGAGUGCAAGCAGGGUUGGGAGAUGAGGGGUGA